AUGCGUUUGAUUUGGAUGUUUGCCUGCCUUGUGGUCCUGGCUAGUGCCGGGACUCCCAAAAAAGUAUCAAAGCAGCGUUACGAUAACUACAGGGAUCGCAUGUGGCGUAAGACACGUCAACCACACGCCACGUCUUCCUGCUUUGGAGUUGAUGGCAAUCGCAACUUCGAUUCACACUGGAUGGAAAACAAUGGAGCCUCCUCGAAUCCCUGUAGUGAGACAUUCGCUGGCACUGUACCCUGGUCGGAGCCGGAGACAAAGGCGCUCUCGGAGUACCUAACCAAAAUCAAGAAUGAAUUCAGUGUCUACAUUUCGUUUCACUCUUAUGGCCAGUGGUUGCUCUCUCCUUAUGGCCAUGCAAAGGAUGAGUUCCCUGAAAACUACGAUCAUUUGCAGGAAAUAGGCUCAGCCUUUACAGCCGCCAUUAAAAACUUGGUCUAUGGCACCGAAUAUAUUCGAGGCUCCACAGCCUUCGUAUUAUAUGUCGCUUCGGGCAGCUCUGUUGAUUGGGUUUUCAAUGAGCUAGAUAAAAAGGUAGGUUACACUAUUGAGUUCCGGGAUAAAGGACGCUUUGGUUUUCUUCUACCUCCGGCUCAGAUUAAGGCCAACUGUGAGGAGCUAAUGGCUGGCAUGAUAGCAUUGAUUAAGAAGACCAACGAGCUGGGUUACAUCUAG